CUUUCCUCUGCACAUUAUGAUCGGCGGACUCUAGCAUAUGCUAUUCUGCCUACCGUCAUCUUCUGAUCUUCUUCAUGCUCAUGUUAUUCACAAACAACAGCAUCCACUGUACCCUUGACUUCACCCCACUGGAAACAACUAGUCUAUUCACAUAUGACAUCACGACCUCGGAAGAAGGAAUUGCUCGGACUGGUAGCGACAAAGGAUGAAGAAAUUUCACGCGUAAGGCACGCACUGUCCUCGCACCAGCAACGUCUCGCCAUUGCCCUGGACACUCUUGAGGCCAUGCAGCAAGACCUCGCCACCGAGCGCAAGGCUCGGGAGCGUUUGAAUAACAAGCUUGUGCGAUUGAAGGAUGCUGUGCGCGCAGCAGAGGCUGAGCGGGAUGACCUGCGUGAGGUCGUUGUCGAGUUGGCUGAGAAGAUUGAACUUUCUCGUGAUGAUUUCAGUGCCUUGACAUGGGCCCCGAGUCGGCUGCGCCUGCCCGAUGUGCUCGAGCCUCUCCAAACAGCGGUGCCCAUCCCAGCUCUCGCUUCCGAUACGGAUCUUUGGGUCUAUGCGUCAGCUACCAUUUCUUCUCUGCGGCAUGCGCUGGCUGCCGAACGACUUCAACACGAAGAAACACGGCGGAUUGCGGGGUUAAAGAUCGAACGACUCCAUGCCCAGGUGGCCAGGCUUUCUGCUCGGGUGGCAGAGGGUGGGUCACAUAGUGUCGUGGUGGAACACAUACCAGAAGAAUACCAGCGGACAGUCGCAGAGAACGUCGUGUUAGAGGAAGAAGUGGCGAGAUUGGAAGCUGCCCUCGCAUCGACACGGUUGUCUGCUCCGCUUGUGACACACCACACUGAUCAUGUAACGUCCGGACCUCCGCCCAUGGCCGCAGGGACGCAUGAUCGGAGAAAGAACAGCAUUCGUGCAAAGCUUACGCAUGACAUAGCUGCUCUGGGCACAGCAAUCGAUGGAUUUGCCGCGCAGAGGACAGCUGCAAAAGCGGACAUCGUCCAAAGCGAGCCCUCUGCCCAGGGCAAUCUGCAUGAUUCAUCUGCGGAUAGGAUGGUUAAUCCUGUCCGAAGGAUGUCUCCUCGGCCUACGAUAGCGAUGAGCGACACCACGAGACCUAGAUCGAGCGCCGGGUCCUCGAGUGCACAUCCGCGCACGAGCCGCUCUCCAGCCAGAAAGAGAUUUCCCGCCGUGCAAUCGACUGAAGCAAAUCCAUCAGGUCUCGGUGUUCCGAGGACUGAGGCUGAGAUCGAUCAUUCCUCAGGCGAACCUGUCAAUAGUCCUCGUGAAACUUCAUCUACAGAAAUGGUGCUAGAUCCUGACCUGACCAUCCGGCCGAGCGAAGCUGCUCGACGCGGGGAAAUCGUGCAUCCUUCACCCGACAUCCUUGCGUCGCUGUCUUCUUUCUCCCCAGGGAUGCCAUCAAACGCAAGGCGCCAUGCUGAGUUGGAUGAUGAGAUCGAGGUGCUGCGCACAGCCAUAGAAGGCUUCAACGAGGAGAGGGCCCUGCUAACACAGCAGAUCCAGAGUCAGGAGGGUAACGAUACCAGUGCGAUUGAUCCAAAUAUGACUCUGCUCUUGGCCCCAGCCCCAGUGGAUGAGGCCUCGACGCUUGAUCGUCUGCUGGAUGCAGACUUCGAAGGCGAGAUGUCCAUGGAUCUUGCCACUCCCCUGGUACCCACCGCGUAUCUGCCGCCCUCGUCGAUGCUGCCUCACUCGCCGCCGUCUCCGCCCACUGAACGUAUCUUUGUCGAUAAUGACGAUGGGUAAUGGUCAAUCUCUACUCUCUCCCAGGGUUCUUCGCUGUAUCUUGAUCAUUUCCUACUCCCUCUGUAUCUGCUACUCAUGUAUCGCCACAUCUCUUCGCUUUGCUAUGACGUCUUAUAUCAUCUUGUACAUACGUUUAUCCUACUAGUCUCAUAUUCUGUGUCGUCAAACUAUCCGUGCUGUUGACGGACCCUGAUCAGCUUGAUGCUCAUUCUCUUUUGUGGCACCCUUGCGCUUUCUUCGCUUUCGUCCACCCCCUCCGGUCUGAGCUCCGUCAUCGCCGUCGCCCAGGUCGGGUGGUGGGAUAUACAGCACCUCUUCGCUUACUAGAUUCUUCCACGGUCUCUGCGGAUCGACACUGGACGCCGGAGCGAACGGGACCUGUGCCGGCGGCGGCGCGACUCGAUUCCCGACCUCAUCAUCGGGCGUCUCGGC